AGAGUACGACUACGGGAGGAGACGUUGUGUAAUUCUUUACAUAAUUCUGGCGUGCUAAAACAUUCAAGGAGCCUUAAAAUCAGAUGUCUAAGAUGCUGCGUAAUUUGAUGAAGUGUGUGGUGGUGUUAGCAUCUAGUGCUGUAGCCUUACCAUAUACUGUCUCAGUUCUGUGUAAUGUUCUGUAUGGAUGGCCACAAUCAAGACACAAAUUCCGCAGGGCUUUUCAACCCAAAAAAGUGUAUGCAUUGAACUAUGCUAUGCUUCAAUGUCUUAUAAUGCAGUUACGCUACAUUCCUCGUUACAUACAGUGGAACAUGUUUUACAGAUCAGCAGAUCAGUCCAAGUUACGCAAGAACUUUGUAUAUGGAAGAAACAAUCAUAAUCUUGAUCUGUAUAUGCCUGAUGUGCGAGGUCUACAGCCUGCCAGACCUCACCCAGUUCUGGUGUUUGUUUAUGGAAGAGAAUGGUGCUCAGGUGACAAGAAUAUGUAUGGGAUGUUAUGUUCUGAACUUGCAAAUAGACUCCAGGUUUUGGUUUGCUGUCCCAACUAUUCCAUCUAUCCACAAGGUUAUGUGGAUGAUAUGGUCCAGGAUGUGGUAGACUGUGUAUCAUGGGCAUACCAAAACAUAGAUGUCUAUAGUGGAGAUAAGGAAAGAAUUAUGCUGGUUGGACACUCAGACGGUGCUCAUCUAUGUAUGAUGGCUGUGCUGGAACUUCUUCAUGAUGAGCUGCUACAGGAAGGUAUCAGUCAGUCUCAACUGAUGCUACAAGAGAGUCUAAGGUUUCAGGACUCACACUUUGAUGGCAGUAAGAGGAGCAGGAUUGACACUCUAGAUGAAAGUUCAGGGUCAUCAGGGUCAUUCUGUGUGCUCAAUGAUAAUGGGGACAAAGGGGGUCCUCUUGACCCAAGUGGGGCAACAAGUAUGUAUGAAAUGAUAUCAAUAAAAUCAGACAAAAAUGAAAAUGCUGAGAGCACUGAACAGGUGUCUGGAGAUGCAAAAAUCCAGUGCAAGGAUGAUGACGAGGAAGAGGUGGCUCCAGACAGUCAAGGGGGUGCCAUGAACAGACAGGUCAGCCAGGAUGUAUCUGAGGUCAAAGUAGAAGUCACAGAGGUCAGUGGUGAGGAGGUCACAGAUGUCAAGGAAGAAGUCAGACAUUCUGGGAAAGUAGUGGAGGAAGAAGAGGAAGAACACAGUGAAAAUGAAUCUAUAGUGACAAUCAGACCUCGAGAUUCAGAAUGUCAUCCAACAUUACUGGAGUUGGGAAAAUCCAUUAAAGCUGUAGUAGGACUUGCAGGGAUAUAUGAUAUAAAUGACCAUUUUGAACAUGAGAGUUUCCGAGGUGUUGAAGAUGUGUCCUAUAUGGCCAGAGCAAUGUAUGGAAAUGAACACUUUGAACGAUUCUCCCCUUCAUCACUGGUGAGAACUCUGUCAAGCAGUGUCAGUUUACCACCAGUAAUUAUGAUCCAUGGCACUGAGGACUACAUCGUUCCCCUGUCGUCCACGACCAAAAUGGCUGAAGCUAUACAGGAGAUUUAUGGUGACGUGACAGUCCGAGUUUUACCUGGUUGUGACCACUACAGUGUAUGCUACGACAUCAUGGACUCUAACAGUAAAUACUAUGAAAGUGUGCUUGGUGUAAUCUUAGAAACUGCUGCCAAAGUGCUAAAAUAAGUGUUAGUAGUUUCUAGUCAGAAAUAAUCACAUUGUCUUUCAAAUUCUUGUGUAGAUUAUGCUGCAUUUUGAUUACCAGGUAUGUAUGAUUGGGAUGUUUUCUGAUGUUUUUGGGUUAAAUGUACUUUUGUAUGCUAGACUGGACAUUGAGAGGUCUUCUAUAGUGUCAUGGCUUGGUAACAGUGGUAUAAUGGAGAGGUGCUGUAUAGUGUCAUGUCUACAUAAGGCUUGGUAACAGUGGUAUAAUGGAGAGGUGCUGUAUAGUGUCAUGUCUACAUAAGGCUUGGUAACAGUGGUAUAAUGGAGAGGUGCUGUACAGUGUCAUGUCUACAUAAGGCUUGGUAACAGUGGUAUAAUGGAGAGGUGCUGUACAGUGUCAUGUCUACAUAAGGCUUGGUAACAGUGGUAUAAUGGAGAGGUGCUGUACAGUGUCAUGUCUACAUAAGGCUUGGUAACAGUGGUAUAAUUGUCAUGUAAUGAACACAUUUUUAUCCGACAAGCUCUAUCAUACAUGUCUUAUGUAACACAUUGUUACCUGACAGGCCCCUAUUCUGCAUUAUCCAAGUAAACAUUUAAUUAUUAAAUUGUUAUCUCACUAUAUAUCAAUCUCAUGAAUCUGAUGUUCUUAUGUGACAUUCCUAAUUUCUGUGAUCCUGGAGAACAAACUAACAUUUGUCUUUUACACUUUUACAGAGGGUUACACUGAUGUGAGACAUGUCUAACAGAGGCUUACAUUGAUGUGAGACAUGUCUAACAGAGGCUUACAUGAUGUGAGACAUGUCUAACAGAGGCUUACACUGAUGUGAGACAUGUCUAACAGAGCUUACAUUGAUGUGAGACAUGUCUAACAGAGGCUUACACUGAUGUGAGACAUGUCUAACAGAGGCUUACAUUGAUGUGAGACAUGUCUAACAGAGGCUUACAUGAUGUGAGACAUGUCUAACAGAGGCUUACACUGAUGUGAGACAUGUCUAAUAGAGGCUUACAUUGAUGUGAGACAUGUCUAACAGAGGGUUACAUUGAUGUGAGACAUGUCUAACAGAGGGUUACACUGAUGUGAGACAUGUCUAACAGAGGCUUACAUUGAUGUGAGACAUGUCUAACAGAGGCUUACACUGAUGUGAGACAUGUCUAACAGAGGCUUACAUUGAUGUGAGACAUGUCUAACAGAGGGUUACAUGAUGUGAGACAUGUCUAACAGAGGCUAACAUGAUGUGAGACAUGUCUAACAGAGGCUUACAUGAUGUGAGACAUGUCUAACAGAGGCUUACAUUGAUGUGAGACAUGUCUAACAGAGGGUUACACUGAUGUGAGACAUGUCUAACAGAGGCUUACGUUGAUGUGAGACAUGUCUCACAGGAGCUUACACAAUGUGAGACAUGUCUAACAGAGGGUUACAUGAUGUGAGACAUGUCUAACAGAGGGUUACAUGAUGUGAGACAUGUCUAACAGAGGCUUACAUGAUGUGAGACAUGUCUAACAGAGGCUUACGUUGAUGUGAGACAUGUCUCACAGGAGCUUACACAAUGUGAAACAUGUCUAACAGAGGCUUACAUUGAUGUGAGACAUGUCUAACAGAGGCUUACAUUGAUGUGAGACAUGUCUAACAGAGGCUUACAUGAUGUGAGACAUGUCUAACAGAGGCUUACAUGAUGUGAGACAUGUCUAACAGAGGCUUACAUGAUGUGAGACAUGUCUAACAGAGGCUUACAUUGAUGUGAGACAUGUCUAACAGAGGCUUACAUUGAUGUGAGACAUGUCUAACAGAGGCUUACAUUGAUGUGAGACAUGUCUAACAGAGGCUUACAUUGAUGUGAGACAUGUCUAACAGAGGCUUACAUUGAUGUGAGACAUGUCUAACAGAGGCUUACAUUGAUGUGAAACAUGUCUAACAGAGGCUUACAUUGAUGUGAGACAUGUCUAACAGAGGCUUACAUGAUGUGAGACAUGUCUAACAGAGGCUUACAUGAUGUGAGACAUGUCUAACAGAGGCUUACAUGAUGUGAGACAUGUCUAACAGAGGCUUACAUGAUGUGAGACAUGUCUAACAGAGGCUUACAUGAUGUGAGACAUGUCUAACAGAGGCUUACAUUGAUGUGAGACAUGU